AUGGCGACUCCAACUUCGCGUUAUCCAGCAGCUGAGGGGUCCGCUGGUGUGGUGACGACUUGGCUACCUCUCACGACCGUUUAUCCCAUUGUGCCGCGCUGCAAGAAUGAAUUCUACUCUCCCAGCAAUUUGACACAAAUUUAUGCCUUCGAUCCUAAUCAGAAUGCCCUUACGUUCUCGACCAAAUGCUGGCCCUCCGAAGCGCGAUCGUGGUGGAAUCAGGAAACCGACGCAACAGCGAUCACUUCAUUAGGACCAUUCUUAUGUCCAGAAGCAUAUACAGCCGUCGUUACCCAAGUAGUAAAUCCAGGCUCUACACUAACGGGUUGCUGUCCUAGUGGCUAUGGUCUCUCAUCGCUGAUGUCCCAACCAUAUCCCGGCGAAUGCACAUCUUUCUUUAUGUCCGGCGCCACGAUUACAUAUGUUAGUAGUUGGACACCUGGAACAGAUGGAUAUACGACAAUUACGACUGUGUUGGACAUUGCUCAUGAGAUCCUGGCUGUGCAAAUAAAUGGAUACAAUUUCGAUGGCAAUUCCGCAGAAUCCACCGUGACGGCUUUUAGUUCGAGCACAAGUUCGAAAUCUGCUUCGGGUUUCAAUUCGGCUUUGGCAACUUCUGGAUCUACACCCAGCGCAUCUGAAGCCGCAGCCACUUCCCCAGUUUCCCUACCCCCAGCAAGUAAUAAUAACCCGGGACUUAGCACUGGAGCAAAGAUCGGUUUAGCUGUCGGUAUCUCACUCGGCGUAAUCGUCAUUGCGGCUCUCGUUAGCAUUAUAUAUCUCAUACGAAGAAGAAAAGGCUACGGCACAGCACUGCAACAAGAUACCGCAUACUCAUCUUCCGAAGUUAAGAUGGGCCAAAUCACUUCUUUUCCAUUAUCGCCUGGAUCUGAAGUACCGCAUGAGAUACACGGUACGCCGGUACACGAAAUGAACGGAGCGAUUCCUGCCGAGCUGGAUGGAAAUCAUGGUUGUCGAUAUUGA